CGUGAGCAGUGAAGGAACAGCAUCAACCUCUGACACACUUUAAGCCAUCAUGGAUCCCAUUGGAGACAACAACUACAGCUUUACUAAGGCCCACAGUAACAUGACUUAUGAUUACUACGAUCUGCCUGACCUUCCAGACCUUUUGAUCCCUGAGAUUCAACCCAUCCAGAUAGUGGCUCUGGUCUUCUAUGGCCUCGUGGUCCUGCUCGGUGUGCCUGGAAAUGCUCUGGUGGUGUGGGUGACGGGCUUCUGCAUGCCCCGCUCAGUCACCUCCAUCUGGUUCCUCAACCUCGCCCUGGCUGACCUCCUGUGCUGCCUCUCCCUCCCUCUGCUCAUGGUCCCUCUCGCACAUGAUGAUCACUGGCACUUUGGCCCAGUGGCCUGCACUGUGAUCAAAAGCCUGUUUUACCUGGUGAUGUACUGCAGUAUCCUGCAGCUGGUUUUGAUCAGCGUGGACCGCUGGAUGCUGGUCAGCAGGCCCGUCUGGUGUCAGAACAAUAGGCGGCCUAAGCAGGCUGCCUUGGGAUGUGUUGCCAUCUGGUGCCUGGCCCUGAUAGGCAGCGUCCCCCAGUUCAUCUACACCAAGGAAAUCUCAGCAGGCGAACACAAGAGAGAGUGUCUGACGGUGAACAGCCGCAACAGUGCCUGGGCCAUGACUAUCUUCCGCUUCGUGGUGGGAUUCAUCCUCCCUUUCCUGGUGAUUGUGCUCUGUCACCUGGUGGUGUACAGGAAAGCAGAGAGUGGACUCUCACGUGGUCGCACCCGCUCCAAGCGAACCCUGAGGGUGAUCAUCGCUGUGGUCCUGAGCUUCUUCAUCUGCUGGCUCCCACUACACAUAGUGGACUUCUGCUUACUGGUCACCCCUCGACAUUCCCCUCGCCACCCCGAUGUGUACCUGGCACACGUUUUAACUCUCUGCCUGGCAUACUUCAACAGCUGCCUCAACCCGCUGCUCUAUGUGUGUCUGGGCCGGGGCUUCAAGGACAGCAUGAACCGCUCCCUGCGCAACAUGCUCCACUUCAUCAGCGAGGAUCCUCAGAGCAGGGUCAGCAUCACAAAUAACGACACCAAGAGCACGAGCACUGAGAAGGACACAACUAAAAUCUGAGGGUGUGUUGACUUUAAUGCGCUGAGCACAAGCGUUGCAGUCUCCAUAAGGCUGUUUACCACACACUGAGCGAGUUUAAUAAUCCAGAAUAAAUAUGUUUAGGUAAACUAUAGUCAUGUUGAAACUUCCUGUUUCUUCAUGUUGUGGGCCUGUAACUUUACAUUUCUCAGCUUUACAUUUUCUAUUCUAUGUCGUGGUAACACAGUGCAUAAAGCUUCAAUGUGUUAAAAACGGCCAACUGUCGAACUCAUACUCCAAACUAUCAGGGAGCAGCAUUUCACCAGAGUUACCGCUAAUUGCUGCUAACAAUAGCUGCAUUAGUUAGCUGGCUCAGCUAGAUGUGCAGCUAGCAUGCCUAUUAGCUGACUCGACUGCGGGCUUGGAGGACCUGGUGGGUGUUGGUGGUAUUUACCAUCGAACUAUCACCUCUUGAGGAACAAAAUGUCUAAUGUUGCAACACCCUCUUAGAAUGCAUCUCUUGGUUGGCAGACUGGUCCAGCUGUAAUGCCACCACAUCCGAAUCAUAUAAAUAUGAUGUGAACGUGACAUGGUGUGAUGUGGCACACAAUGUAGAAAUGUUGAUAUGGUAUGUAUAACGCAUACAAAUUCAUGGUUUUUGGAAAUGUGAAAUGCCGAACAUUUCGUGUGGCUGACCGCACUAGGUGUGUACUUUGCUUAGUCACUCCACUGAACUGGGACAUUGUAACCACUGAUGUUCACCAUAAUUAGUAUUUAGAAUAAACACACAGCGGCCAGAUAAACUCAGAAAGAAACCCAAGUAGCAGUUACACCAUCUCUGCUGUCUUUAUGAGCUUAAUAAUGAAAGUUUUGUUUUGCUCACGCAGUGAAGUUGUAUUUGUAGAUGUUAUCACGACUAACUCAGGACUACAAAUGAGGAACUAUUAGCCAAUCUGCAACUUUUUCUGCCCAUAUAUAUGACUCCUGUAACGAAAUGCUUGUCACUUCUGUUUCCGGUGUGAUCUGUGUUCCUGCUAUUAAUAGGAAUAUCCAGCUGGUCUUAUCUCUGUAUAACUUUGUGAGCUGAAAGUCAAGUUUGUUGUAUAUUUUAUUUGUUGUAUUUUACAGCCUUUCAUAAACAAAUAGUAAAUAAUUACCUUAAUUCACAUGUUUGAUAAUGUUCAAUAUAACAAUAAUAAUAAACAUGAUAGAUUUCUUUUCCAAAACUACAAAGUGUCAUUUUAAAUUUAGUUGAUAGUUUAUCCAAAUAACAUUUACAGAUGAACUACACAGUAUUAUAAAAGUCAUUUUCUAUCCUACUAUGAAUAACUGCUAAGAAAUGGUUUACUAAGCAUUUCAUUGUUCAUUGUUCAUUGACAAAAUGACAAAAUAACUAUCAGCUAAAGUUUGAUUCACUAUAAAUGUACUUUGGUUAUUGGUUGUGUAACAGUACUAGGCAUGAACCACACGAGGGAGCUACACUCUGGGUCUCCAAUGCUCAGUGGUCGAAGUGCUAUGGAUGAUGAGCUCCUAGUCUCAGUCCAGAUGUUUUAGCGUGAUGGGCCCUCUGUAAGAAUACAGAAGAGAAAUGAAUAUGAGCCUUAGUGAUACUUGUAUGUUUGUAACAUAAAAGCACUCAAAGGCACCACUUAGCAGAAGUCUACAGAAGAAAUGUUAACUUGGACAUGUUGUACAAAUGGUCUUUGAAAAUAAAAAUAAAAAACAAAAUGCUACCAAAA